CCAACCAAGAAAAAGAACUAAAAAAGUUAAUUCGAGAAAGAAUAAAUAAUCAGCAAACUAUUACUAAACUCCAAAACCAACUAAAAGCCCAAGAAACGGAAUUAGAACAGUUAAACCAGUCCAAAACCCAAGAACUAACCAAUUUUAAGCAAAAAAAGGAAAAUGAAAAGAUUAUUACCGAAUUUGAGUUAAUAAGCAAUAUCGCAUUAUCUUCCAGUGAGAAAAUUGAACCUAUUCAUCCCGGAGAAAUGUUAAGAGAAGAAUUUCUUAUUCCGGCUAAACUUACUCCUAAGAAAUUAGCCCAAGGGAUUAAUAUUCCCGUCGAAGAAAUGGAAGAUAUUUUGGAAGAAAAAAAAGACCUAUCGACUGACAUAGCUUGCCGUUUAGCUCUUUAUUUUGCCGAACGAGCUAAAGAAGAAGUUCAUCCUUUACCUCACGCCAAAGAAACCGGUAAAAUUGCGGCUGAUGCGGCUUUAGAUCCUGAUGUUUACAAUAAAAUCUAUAAAGGUUUAAAAGAAGGUGCCAAAGAAGGAGCUAAAUUUGCUCUGAAGACUGGGGUAAAACUAAUGGCCGAACCCAAAAAAGUUUUACAUACUGCCCUCGGAUUAGCCGAAAGAGCUGUUAGUUCGAUACCCUUAAUCGGAAAUGCCCUUAGUUUCGGACUAGGAACCGCCAAAGAUGCUUUAUUAGAUGCUAAAUUAGAAACUCUUAGUAAAAAUAUUCAAGGAUUAAAAGAAGGUUUAGAAAAUUUGGCCAAUUCCACUGCCCAAGCCUUAGAAGGUUUACGGGGUGAAAUGACCGAAGCUUUGGGAGAAAUGGGAGCCAGACAAGAUGAAUUGGAGCAAUUCACCAAGGCUUUUCAAGCCGAACAAGAAAAAGUUAACCAGCAAGUUCAAAAAAAUAUUGAAAACAUCCAGGAAACUCUCAAAGAACACGAAAAGAAAAUCAAAGACAAUAGCGAAAAAACAUUUAAACAAGCAAUUAAAUUAGAAGACCUUCGUGGUGAAUUAAAAGACCAAAUUCGGGUUACUAAUACUAAUUUAGAUAAUUUACGCAAAGAACAAAACGAAACCAAGCAAGAUUUCGAAAAAUAUAAACAUCAAAUCAACGAAAAAACAUCUAAAACCGAACAGGCUUUUGAAGAUUUACAAGCGGAUUACACUCACCAUAAUAAAAUUAUCGAAACCCAAAUUAAAGAUAAUGAGGAACAAUUAAGUGAAUUUCAAGAAAACUUGGCUAAUGUCAAAUACGAACAAAAGAAACUUAACUUAGAACACCAAGAAUUGGCCGAAACCUUAGAAGAACAGGUUAAUUUAGCCCGUGAACAAAUAAAUAGAUUAGAUUUUGUGGUGAAUGAAAUCGAAGAAAUAGAAGAAGAAUUUAACCAAAGAAUCAGUAAAAUCCAACGGGAACAAUUAGAACAGGAAGAAAAAGUGGAAGAGGCCGUCUUUGCUGCCAAGCAAGCCACCCGUAAAGUGGACGAAAUAGCCGAUAAGUUAGAAAAACAUAAUAAAAAAAUUGAUAAAUUAGAAGAAAAAAUAAAAGAAAAUAAAAAAGCUACCGAAGAAGCCGAAAAAGAAGCUCAAUUAGCCAAUGAAAGAAUUGAUAAUCUCUUAAAAACCCAGAAACUUCUAGAUAACACUGAUGUGGAGGCUAAUUUAGAUAAAAUUCAAAAAACCUUACAAUUAAAAACCGAAGAAGCCCAAUUAUUAGCCAGUUUAGAAUUGUUAAAAAAAACCCAAAAAUUAAUUACCCAACCCAGUGAAAGAGAAUGGAGAGUCGGAAUUAAAGAAGGCACGGAAAAAGAAAUAUCCCGACCGGAAGGAAUGCCCUUAAAUCCUAAUUCUAGUGAGCAUGAAACAGCUCCGCUCACUGAGGAAGACAAAAGAAAACCGGAAGAAGCAGCCCCUAAACAAAAAGAAAAGCAACUAAUCAGUGAAAAAACUCAAGCCCAAACAAAACUUAUUCAAUCCCGCAAUAAACAGCAAGCCACUCAGCAGCAAAAAGCCCAAACAAAGGCUGAAAUCACUAAAGAGCAAAAACAAAUCCAAAAAAUAGAACAAAGCCUUGGUCAAAAAUCUACUACUCCCCAACAAAAACAGAAACUCCAAGAAAACAAAGAGAAAAGGGAGGAAAAACUAACCCAAUUGCAAAAGCAGUUAGAGAAAACUGAGCGAGCUGAAAAAAAACUAGAAAAACAAGUCGAGAAAGAGGAAAAAGAGGUUCAAGCCAAAGAGCAGGAAAUUAAGAAAGUCCAACAACAACCACCUUCUUCUAUCCUGGCUAAGAAACUAAACCAGGAAAUUAAAGAUGCGGAACAACAAGCCCAGCAAGCCAAACAUGAAUAUAUUGAAGAGAAAAUCCAAGAAAUUAAAGAAUCGCAAUCCUCGACCGCUGCUCCUCAGAAGUCAAUGAGCCUUUACAUGCUCUAUUUGAUUAUCUUCUUGUUGGAGUAUGUAGUUUAUAAGAAAAACGGCUUAAUGGGUCUGGUGGUCUUAAAUGUCAUACUGGCCAUUCUUUACUAUAACAAGGAUACCAUUAUGGACAUUUAUGGUUAUACUUAUUGGAAAAAUAAAAAAGUAGUAGAAGCCAAAAAAGAAGAAUUAAUCGAAACUCAGGAAGAAUUUGCCAAAGAAGUUGUUAAAAACGAAACCGAGUAUAUCGAAAGAUUACAAGAAGCCUCGGAAAACUUAGAAAAAGUUAAAGCCAAAAUAAAAACCUCCAAAACAGUAAACUUCUCAGUUUUAAGUCAAGGAAUUGGCACUGCGAGCAAUAUUUGGUUUGCUAAUCAAGCCGAAGAGUUCCUCCGUUUAGUGCAAGCCAGUGGAACCACCUUAAAUCCCGAAGAACAGCAACUAGCUGAGAAAAUCCAAACCAAGCAAAGGGAGAAAGAUUAUCAGGAGUUCUCCCAAGAAAUUGCCAAAAUACCGGCUUAUCCUCCCGAAGUUAGAAAAACACUAAGUAAGUUAUUGACUAAUUUAAAUGAAGAACAAAUUAUUGCCAUUUCUUCCCAAUCUCUUUAUCUACGGAAUAGUCCCGAAUUAGAAAAUAUUUAUUCUUAUCUAACUCAAGAACAAAAACUAACUAUUCUGAACUCAGGCUUAGAUAAUCUACAAAUAAACACUACUGAGAAAAAGAAAGAAUUAUUAGAUAUCCGUAUUUCUUUAAAACAAGAAGAAAAAAGUUUUGAUUUAUCUAUCAGUGAAAAAGAAAAUAUUUUGCGACUGAUUGCCAGUAAAAUAAGUAGUGAACAAUUAAAAUCUUAUGAAGCCUAUGGAGUGCCGAUUUAUAAUGCCGCUAAAUCUUUGCUAAAAUUGGCUGAGGACUUAAUUACUAUUGAGCAAAAAGAAGACUUGGUUAAUGCUGGUCGGGAUAAUUUAGAAAAUUUUCCUCUUUCUUCUAACCAAGAAAAAAUUAUUAAAACUCUGGCUCCCUUACAAAAAGAAUAUAAUUACUCGGAGGAUUUAUUGAGGCAACUCCGUUUUUUACCUAGUCGUCAGUUUCUAGUUCAAAAAGAAAUUAUUCCUUUGGAGUAUCGGAAAAUCCAAGACAAUUAUAAAGAGUUAAAGAAAGAAGUUUUAGGAAAAAAAUAUAAACUAGCCCGCGAAGAUAUUAAGUACCAAGAAAAAGAAGCCAGCAAGAAAGAAAAACAAGAAUUACGGAAUUCUUUAUUACCUUCACUGCUCUUUUUCGCCCAAAUGAACUUAACUGAUUUAGCCAGUCAAGAAUAUCGUUUAUCCAAAGAACAAACUAAGGAAUGGAUAGAUAUUGGCUUAACUCCUCAGGAAGCCGAAUAUGCUACUUGGCUGAAAAAUACCGAAAAACUGGAUGCCGAACAAGUUUUAAAUGCUGAAAACACCGAAGAGUUAAAGGAAAAAUACCAGCAAUAUUUAACCAAAAUAGAGCAAAAUAAGAGCCAAGGAGCCGAAAAAGAAGCAGUAAGAGGGAUUAUCAGAAUAUUGUCUAACGAAAGUCUACCUAAGGAAGAGCAAUUUCGGGAAUUAAAGGACUUUUUGAGCAAAUAUCCGAGUAAUAUUGCCGAAAGAGAACUAAAAGAAUGGAAAAGAAAACAGGAAUAUUUAUCUUCUCUUUCAGGAAAAGGUUCAGGAACUAUUGCCACGGCUCCUAACAUUACUUCCUUAGAAGAAAAAUACGAAAGAUUAGCCGAUGCUUACGAAAAUAUGAGAAAUCUAAUAGAGAGAGGUGGCGGAUUAGCCAGUAGUCCAGAAAACAUUUCACCAGAAAAACAACCAACCCCUACUGCUUCUGACUCGCGGUGGGAUAAACUUGCGGCUAAUUUAAGUGCCGAGGAAGCGGAAAGGCUUAAAAAGAAAAAGGCUCGGGAAGAAGCCAAAAAGAAAUUGGAUGAGGCUGAAUUUGCUAGAAGACAGGCUAACUUAAAUAAUGAUGCUAAGAGGAUUCAAGAAGCCAAGGAAAGAGCUGAAGAAGAAUUAAAGUUUGCUGAGGAACGAAUUAGGAAAGAAAAAGAGAAAAAAGAACAGGAAAUCGAAGAAUUAAGGAAAAAGAACGAGCAAGAAGAAAAACGAAUAGAGGACGAAAGAAAAUUAGCCGAACAAGAAUUAGCUAAGAAAUUAGAGGAAGAAAGAACUAAUAUAAUCAAAGAACAAGAACUUGCUGAUGCUGAAUUAAAAAAUAUUAGAGAUGAGAUAAAACUUCAAGAAGAACAAGGUCGCAAAGCUAAGGAAACAGCUAGGCUGAAAGAAGAAGAGUUAAAAAGUCAAAAGAAUAGAGAAAAUCAACUUAAAAAGUACCGAGCUGAAUUAUAUGAUGCGGUUCUAGAUUAUACUUUUACCAGUGAAGAGGGAGAAGUGGGAACAAGAAGUCCCAAAAAAGGUUUUGGUGAUUUAAGAGUUUUUUUAGACGAGCAUCCGAACAUGGAAUUUAACUUACACUUUGGCGACAUAUCAGACAUUAAUAUAACUAAUUCAACCUACCGAAAAGCUAUCGAAAUUUUCCGCAAAGUAGUAGGAAACAGAUUUGUUACUAAGCAAUUGCUAAGAGAAUUGAUUAAUGCCAAUGUUCAGAGCUUAGAUUAUAUAAAGGGUUAA